AUGGCAAUGCAUGAUGAGGCUCUCCUUUGCAUCUGGAUCAGCUUCCUUGGUUUUGCCCUGGACAAGAGCGCUGGGUCAGCUGCUCUUGUUCACACCCUUAGGAGAUUUCCUGCCCCAGCGCCCCCCCACAGCUACCACCAGGGAAGAGGCCUUGAACGCUGGACGCUGCGUUGCGCUAACUCACUGAGAAUGCGAGGAGGCGAUGGAAACGACGCGGAGGAGGUCGACAAGGGAUGGGGAACCUACGACCUUGACGCGAAAGACCCGUUCCUCGAUGAUGGCGAGGAAAACGACCGACCUUGGCCCGAAGAGGCGAACGCGAAGGAUGAAGAUCAACAGCUUGCCCGAGGAAUGAAAGAGAGGCUCAUACUGGGAGAAAAUAAAUGGUACGAUGACAUGUACGCUGGGGUAGACAAGAAUAAGUAUGGGGACUACGACAUGCAUUUCGACAAGGACAAAGAUUCGGAUAGUUCUGAGGUUGAAUCCUCCGAGAAGGAUGAGAUUGAAAGGAUAUUGGAAGACAAUCCCGAAGGAUAUCUUGGCCAAGUGGACGAAGAAGGAAAGAAACGCUUGUAUCCCUAUCUGAAGGAGAAAUACAAAUAUUAUGAGAGGAAUGUGACUCUCGAAGAGCGACCGCCCCAGCAUCAGUUCCGAGUUGGAGAUCUUGUGACGCUUUCGAAAGAUUUUAAGACCUUCAACGUCUCCAAGUACCUCAAGCCGGGAAGGGACGACGUCUCAGAUCUCGAUUCUGACCUGCCACUCAACGAUGCUCAGUUUGGUCCCCUCAAACCGGAGGACGUCGGAGUGAUUGUAGAGGACGACAACGCAUUGAAACCUUACCUCGUCCGAGCUCUCGAUUCGAAGACGCUCAAAGAUGGUUGUCCUCCCGAGUUUGUUGACACGUGGUGGUACCUGCCGGAGGUCCUCCAACGCUAUCACCCUCCUCAGAAGAUUGAAUUUGCCCCUGACGCGACUAUUGAAAUCCCUCGCGACUUCCCAAGUGUCAAGCUGGCCAUGAAGAAUUUGUCUGAGGGCCAGUCCCUCUUUGUGAGGAGCGGGGACUAUCGAUACGAAGAGAACAUGACAGGGGAGGCGCGAUCUCGCAGCUGGGGCAGGCUGAUCUUCGGGCUAUGGGCGCAUGGCCGCAUUGAGACGAUGACGAUGCUACAUACUACCAACCUGUGCUUCACGGGAUGCGUCGAGGUGCACGCAGGUCCUUGGAAGUUCCGCAAGUCCCAGUUUCGCUCUGCUGGUGGCAUUGCGAUCAAGCUCAUGAGCGAAGGGAACGUGUCCUGCAUUGCCUGUGGAGUGGGAGGGUUCGCCUGGCCUAUCAGCUUGAACUCGGCAGCCGACGGAAUCUACUGCUCAGGGAAAAGCCAAUGCCAGCUUACGAGAUGCACUGUAGACAAGACUGGCAGAGCUUCAGGGUUGGGAGUGUACGCCCAGGACAGAUCAGCGGUGGUUGCAAUGGACACCAACUUCGACCAGAAUGAUAGAGCGAUAGGCAAGGAAAAGAAGCAACCCUUCGAUGUUGCCAGUGAGUUUGCUCUUCUAGGAUACAACGAUGAAGCUUGUUUCGUCCUUUACAAAUGCACAGGUCGCCUGCCCGGUGAGCUAGGUCUCACUGGCGACUAUCCCGGGGACAACAUCAUGGGGCCUCUGCCGGAGCAGCCAAUGACGGACUUGCCAGGAAGCCACGGGAAACUCCUCCUGCCUACCAUCGACGACAGGCAGGGAACUCGCGCUCGCUUCUCUACCUGA